GGUGAUUUUUCAACCAGCCGCCACCUUUAAAGCGCCACCGACGUCACAACUACAUCCGGGUCAGUGUGGCGACCUUGGUCAGUUGAUAAUCAUGGCAGCCAUCCUUCGGUUGAGUUCCGUCUGUCGCAGAGGAGUCAAACCUCUCUUCUACCCAACCUCCUUGUUGGCCCGGCCGCUGGUCGCCCCCCACAAAUCCCAGGAGCAGCCUCACCAGCUGGCAGCGAGGAUCCAUGCGUCCCCGGCCCCCAGCGCCGGCGCCGUGUCCAAAGCCGCCUCGCUGCACUGGACGGCGGAGCGGGCCCUGAGCGUCGCGCUGCUGGCCAUGGCGCCCGUGGCCUACUUCAGCCACAGCCCCGUGGUGGACUACUCGCUGGCCGCCGUCCUGACCCUGCACGGACACUGGGGCCUCGGCCAGGUUCUGACGGACUACGUCCACGGGGACACCAAGGUCAAGGUGGCCAAGGCGGGCCUGUUCCUGCUGUCCACGGUCACCUUCGCCGGCCUCUGCUACUUCAACUACAACGACGUGGGCAUCUGCAAAGCCGUCGCGCUGCUGUGGAGCAAAUGAACAGGCCCGCGGGCGAUGGGGGGGGCGAUUGAGUUGAUUGUAAAAUUAAAAAAAAUUAAUGUAUAAAAAUCCAAAUAUAUAAUUUGUGACGAUGUU